GACCUCUGAACUUGGAACCUACUGCAAGUUUUGGUUGGAUGAUCCAGUGUGUUAUGGCAUCCUCAAGAAGAAUGACGGCAGUUUGUGCUUUGUGGCGACUGAUGAGGCAUGCGAGGGUAAUCCUUACCCCUGCGGUUCUCAAACUGAGGCACCAAUCGAGACCACUGAGACCUCGGUCGAGACCACCGAGGCUCCGGUUGAGACCACCGAGGCUCCGGUCGAGACCACCGAGGCACCGGUCGAGACCACCGAGGCACCGGUCGAGACCACCGAGGCUCCGGUCGAGACCACCGAGGCUCCGGUUGAGACCACCGAGGCUCCGGUCGAGACCACCGAGGCACCGGUCGAGACCACCGAGGCACCGGUCGAGACCACCGAGGCUCCCGUAGCAACCACUGAAGCUCCUGUAGCAACCACUAAAGCUCCUGUAGCAACCACUGAAGCUCCUGUAGCAACCAUUGAAGCUCCUGUAGCAACCACUGAUGCACCGGUCGAGACCACUGACGCACCGGUCGAGACCACUGACGCACCGGUCGAGAUCACUGAGGCUCCGUUCGAGACCACUGAGGUUCCGGUCGAGACCACUGAAGCUCCUGUAGACACCACUGCCGCUCCGGUCGAGACCACUGCCGCUCCGGUCGAGACCACUGAGGCUCCGGUCGAGACCACUGCGGCUCCGGUCGAGACCACUGCGGCUCCGGUCGAGACCACUGAGGCUCCGGUCCAGACCACUGAGGCUCCGGUCGAGACCACUGAGGCUCCGGUCGAGACCACUGAGGUUCCGGUCCAGACCACUGAGGCUCUG